UUCUAGCAACAUGGCCGAUAAACAAGAUCGCUUACAAGACAGUUGUGGAACACACGAUUUAACGAUCGUUCCACCAAUAACAUUUGGAUUUGUAGAAGAUAUAAUUAAAGGCAGUAGUCAGAACCUUGGAAUUAAAGAAGUAUCAAAGGGUUAUAAGUACUUCAGCGAGAAGUACGUUACAAAUAUUACUGUGCAUAAAGUAGAUAAUGGAUGCCUAGUGAAAGGGAAGUGCCACAGGUCACAGAGAAAGAAUGAAAGCCCACAUGACAUUGAGAUCAUUUUAUUGGAUGGACCUAUUCUACAGGCGAGUAAAUGCUCAUGUGCAAUUGGAAAAUUGGGAACGUGUGGCCAUGUAACUGGUUUAUUGUACAGCUUAGCUCAUAUGAAGACAAGUAAUUACAGAUCUAUACCAUCUGAUGUUUUAAAGACUUCAUUGCCACAAUCCUGGCACAUGCCCAGAGGUGAAAAGGUAAAGGGAAAUACAGCAGAUGAUGUUAUUGUGGUAGGCUAUGACAUAAAAUCACCAUACAGGCAACCAAGAGGAUUAAGGUCAACCCUCUACAACCCAAUUAAAGUACCUCUGCCACCUGUCUCUGAUUUAUGUUCUGCAAUAGCAGACAUAGAUAACACCUGUCUUUUGUUGUCGGUCUCUUCACACCACAACACAUCUACAUGUAACAUGAUUGAGACCAGAUUUGGAAAAUAUCCGAAAGGAUUACCAAUUAGCUACCAGCAAAAGUUAUCUAGCCAUUUCAUUCUGAAUGUCUUAGAUGCAGAUUUCCCCCUUUUGCCUAUUGAGAACCUGAUGGUCAAUGAAUUGAAUCCAGUUUUAGAUCAGAAAAAGUGCACCAGCUUGGACUCUAUAUGUGUAACUGCUGAGGAGAGCCACAACAUAGAAGAAAUGACCCGUCUUCAGAGUGUUGAUCCUAAGUGGCAUGCUAUCCGUAAAGAUAGAUUAACAGCAUCGGUAGCUGGGGAUAUCGUAAAAAGAAGAGCUGAUAAUGAUCCUUUAGUUGCAAGAUUAAAGACAAUUCGUAAAGUUGUAACAGAAAGUAUGAGACAUGGGUUGUUGUUUGAGGCUGUAGCUGCCAAUGCAUAUGCCACGCUUCAAGAUGACAGUGCAAAUGUGUACCCUUGUGGCAUAAUUGUAAGCCCAUUCUCUCCUCGGCUGGCAGCAAGCCCAGACAGAAAGGUAUAUAACCCAUUAAUGGUGCCACCUUAUGGGUUAUUGGAGAUCAAGUGUCCUGUCAAGCAGUUAGAGGAAUGCAGCUAUCUGACAAAAAGUGAUGAUAACACCUGGAAAUUGAAAAGGAACCAUAACUAUUACCACCAAAUUAUAAUGCAACUGGCUGUUACUGGGUUAAAAUGGUGCCAUUUUUAUGUGUGGCGCUCAGAUGAAAGCCAUCUUGAGUGUGUAAAAUUUGAUGAGAAAGUGUGGAAAGACAUGAAAAGCAAAUUGGACAUAUUUUACUUCUAUCAUUUUAUUUUUAAAAAAAUUACUGAUCUUAAUUUGUAUUUCACAAUCAACAGGACUUUUAGGUGUUUUUACAAAAACAUAAUAUCAUUUCUGUUAAUUAAAGAAAAGAGUGGGGUUUAAAACUUUUAAAUAACUUUUAUAAGAUGGGUAAGCAAAUAAGUUUCAAUAUUCACUUGUUGAAUAAUAUAUAUUUUAGAAAAAAAUAAUUCAACUUUGAAUAUUUUAUUUUGGGGAGUGACAUUGAAAUACAACAGUAUUGGCACACAUUUUUCCUGUAAUUAACUUUUUACAAAUUGAAAGGGCUUCUUCCACCAGGUUUUAGAUUAAAAUGGAAUGUAUGAUGUGGGGCAGGAGGUACUUGAGUAAAACUUGAUUGCAUUUUGUUUACAAUAG